CAUCACUGCACUGUUACAAAUACCAAAGUUGUUUUUUUAUGCGCACAUUACUUUUACCGUUACUUUUUGUAAAAUGUAAAUUGUUACACAUUAUUAAUUUUAUUCCUUUUAUAUCUUCGGCUUUUCUAGAAGAGAUGCCUUUAUAUGAUGGAAAUAAUUCUGUAGGUUUCUGGAGGUGCUAAUUUUAAGUCAUUUAUCAAAAAUAAAAUUUAAAAUAAUGGUUAUGAAAUGCUGAAAUACCGAUAUAUUUAAAGUUGUGUAAUGCGCAUAUGUACAGGGUGCGGCAUCAAAAUCUGGACAAAAUUCAAAUUGAAUUUCCUACCGUUCUGUACCACUUAUAGGUCACGAUUGGCGUCCAAAUAGCUUGACACAUGUACUAAAGAGUCAUAAUCUCGAAACAGUCACAAUGUUGAAACUAAGUGCGGAGUAUAACUGAAGAACCAUGAUUAUCAAAAGUGUUCGCGCUGGGCGCUCAGCGACAGAAAUCAUUUGCUUUUUCGGAUACCCGAGAUCGUCUGUGUAGGAUGUCGUUGCAAAGUAUAAUGAGUCGGAGAAGUCCAACGAAGGUUUUGCAACACCAUUUGGUUCAAAAUUGGUUGUCGGACAACGUCGACAUGUUUUGGUCCAAAGAAUUCUAGCCUCCCAACAGUCCAUAUUUAAAUUCUUUGUACUUUUAUGUAUGGAGCGUGGUUGAAAGGUCACCAACAAGAUCAGAUAUCCAAACGUCGCAUCAUUGAGAGCCGUUAUUGAAGCGGCAUUCGCCGAUGUGGACUGUGACACAUUAAAAUGGGCCUGCGAAUGCUUCAGACUAAGAAUGGAGACGGUUAUUCAAGCAGGGGGAGGAUAUAUUGAGUAAAUGUGUUCUUUAUGAUCUUACAAACAAUUUAGUAAAAAAAAAUUUGUAAACUUUUCCAUUUUUGCAAAAAUUAUGUUUGAAAAAAAUUUUUAAUUUGUCCGGAUUUUGGCGCCGCACCCUGUAUAUAAAAUACUUGGAACAUUAUAUAUGUAUAUUACACAUAUUACAUAUACUACCAAUUUUUUAAUAUUUUAAUCGUUAUUUAAAUUAUAUAAACAAUUAUAUUUGUAGUGAUAUGUGUGCGGGAUGUAUUUUUGAAAUUCUUUUUUACGUAAAAAGAAAUAGAAGUGAUAAUGAAUGUUUUACGUCAUUUAUAACUUCUCUCAUAUUAAUCAUUUAUUCAUUUGUGCGUUACGAUGUGAUACAAAUUUUAAUAAACGCGGCUAAUCAAUGUAUUUCAAGGUUGCCAUACGAAACGCACCUGCAGUAUAUAUGUUUUACCGGACGCGUUUAGCAUGCAAGUAUGCGUUACCGUACGCAUUAGCCUAGAUUUAUUAUAUGUAGAUUAAUAUGGUCGACUUGAUUAAAUGUGCAUCACUCGAACUAUUAUGUGUCUGCCCAACAAUACGAGAAGAAUAAUUUGGCAUGCAGAAAUCGUGAAUCUAAUUUGCCUGGACUAAAAUACAGAAGUGAAAGUCACAAUCAUUGAUACAGUCAACAGUAUCAGAUAUCCCCAACGGACGUGACACAUUAAAUUCACAAAAAAAAAAGUUUACAAAAAGCAAUAAACUAAUUUAACAAUGCAUAAUGCUCCAUGAUUAUUGUGUCUACAAAAUCUGAUACUUGCAAUCGCCGUUCCUGUAAUAAUAAAAAUUGCAUAAUAUACAAUAUAUUGCGCCAGUAUAUAAUUUAUUGCAGUUGUAAUCACAAGAAGCGCUGUCCACAAGAAGCAACAAGACUCUUUGAACGUCUUGACAGAUUAGACGAACAGAUGCGACGAUUUUUUUAUGUUGUACAAGACAUAUUAAAAAAUAAAAGAGUAAAACGUUCACCAACGAAACCAACUGUUUUACCAAUUACAUCGGUGGAACAAAUGGAAGCUUUUGAACAUAUAGAAGAAAUCGUUUAUUUAACAGUGGUACGUUAUUUUGAAUUUUUUGGCGGCUUCCAUAUAAAAGAAAUCAUAAAUACGUGCUUGAAGGAAACAGUGCACGAUUCUUUGACAGUAUUUUACAUUUUUUACAAGGUGCAAUAAUACAAAUCACAAAUCUUUUUCUCAAACUUGUCUUGUGCAGGCAAUUUUCGGUAAAUUGUGUUUUAUAAUUAUUUUUAAUUAGCGUUUUAAUUUCUAUUCGUAUAUACUGGAAAUAAUUUAUAAAAUAAUUUUAGAAAUUAUUUUUCUA